ACCAAGAUGGCUGACUGGGUGGCUUCGACUUUCCAGGAUGUUUCAAAUUUACGACAAAACAGCUAAAUGGAUUCACGGCAAAUAUAUAUAUAUAUACAUCAAUAAAUACAUCAAAUAUUCCCUUUUCUAAAGCCUAUGACAUGGAAGUUGAGUCUGGAGCGACGGAGUGUUAUCGAAGUGAAGAACGUAGACGACUACUGCUAUGCUAAGAUGGCCACCAACUUCCAGCAAAUCACCAACGGAGAUAAAGACGAAAACUGCAAAAUGAAGAUGAAAUGUAAAGAAAGAGCCGCCAUGAUUGUUAGCUUGAAGAAGGCAGUGGAGUUCACAUCAGAGGAGAUGAGAGAAUGCAGAAGUCAAAUGAAGAAAGUGGAAGAGCAAAACAACCUCCUGUGUAAAGAAAAUAAUGAUGUGAAAGAAGAGAUUUUGGUGAAGACUGAGAGAUGUGCAGUGUGUGAAGAGAAGACUGGACCACAUGUCUACAUCAACGUGCAGAGGAUUGGAGACGUCCAGCAGCUGAUUGGUCAUCCAGAAGAACUUCCCCCUCAAUCUUCUGGGGCGAGCUCCACUAUGAAGCAGGAGACCCCAAAACCACCCCACAUUAAAAAGGAAGAGGAGGAAGUCUGGAUCACUCAGGAGGGAGAGUGUCUUCUAGGACCGCAGGAAAAUAAUCUCACCAAGUUGCCACUGACUGUUGUCUCCGUGAAGACUGAAGAUGAUGAAGAGAAACCACAACUAGACAACCUCUUAGCUCCACUAUCAGAUAGUGAAGCUGAAGACGAGGUUGAAGUACCUUUGAGCAGCGAUACAGACUGUGAAGGUGAUAUGAGGAUUCACACUGACAACAAACACUCUGAAUGCUCUAAAAAGAAGAGAGGUAAAGAAUGUUUGACCUGCUCAGUUUUUGCUAAAAGCGUUGAAAAACAGAGCAAUUUAACUCAACACAUGAGAACACACACAGGAGAAAAUACGUUUAAUUGUUCCGUUUGUAGUAAAAACUUUACUCACAACCGCAAUUUGACUCAACACAUGAGGAAGCACACAGGAGAAAAAACAUUUAAUUGUUCAGUUUGUGGACAAAGCUUUAUUAAAAAGUGCCAUUUGACUCAACACAUGAGAAGACACACAGGAGAAAAACCAUUCAACUGCUCGGUAUGUGGGAAAUGCUUUUCUCAAAAGAGCAAUUUGACAGAACACAUAAGAAGACACUCAAAAGAAAAAACAUUUAUUUGCACAGUUUGUAGUAAAAACUUUUUUUCCAGAUCAGGUUUGACGCAACACGCAAUGACACACAAUGGACAAAAAACAUUUAGUUGUUCGGUUUGUGGGAAAAACUUCUCUCAAAAUAGGUAUUUGACGCAACACAUGAGAACACACGCGGACAUGAGCACACACACGGGAAAUAAAUCCUUUAAUUGCUCAGUUUGUAGUAAACGCUGUUCUUCCAGGUCAUGUUUGACUGAACACAUGAUGAAACACACUGGACAAAAGCCCUUCAGUUGUUCAGUUUGUGAUAAAACCUUUUCUCGCAAGGGCAAUUUGAUGGAGCACACAAGACGACACACAAAAGAAAUAACGUUUAAUUGCUCAGUUUGUAGUAAAAUCUUUUUCUCCAGAUCGGGUUUGACUCGACACCUAAUGAAACAUACGGGACAAAAAACAUUUAGUUGUUCUGUUUGUGCUAAAAGUUUUACUCGCAACAGCAAUUUGACUCAUCACAUGAAAAGACACACAGAAGAAGACAAUUGUCGAACAUUUAGGCUGCACGAUUUUGGAAAAAAAAAACCCUAAUUAAGAAUUUUGUAAGUGUAAGUGGACUUACUUAACUAUAGAAAUAAUUAUUGAAGGGAGACUGUCAAUCAACAUAUUCUUGUCUCACAUUUGAACACUAUGCAAUAAUUUACUAAAGAAUAUUUUUGCGUUACUCAGACAGACUCAGAGCUUGUGUGCUCUUAAACUGAAGAAAUAAUCAUAAAAAACCAUACAGUGCUCAUAAUGUAAUUUAGUCAUGUGAUGACAAUGCGAGUAUCUAUUUAAAAUUAUAUACACUUUAGUUUCCUGUUAGUGUAAAGUUGUUUGCCAUUGUUAAUAGAAAGUACAAAACCAGUGAAGUUGGCACGUUGUGUAAUUCGUGAAUAAAAACAGAAUACACUGAUUAGCAAAUCAUUUUCCACUUCUAUUCAAUUGACUGCAAAGACAUGAUAUUUAAUGUUCGAACUGAGAAACUUUUUUUUUUUUUGGAAAUAAUUAAUUCAGAAUUUAAGGGCAGCAACACGUUGCAAAAAAGUUGGCACAGGGGCAUUUUUACCACGGUGUUACAUGGCCUUUCCUUUUAACAACACUCUGUAAACGUUUGGGAACUGAGGAGACACAUUUUUUAAGCUUUUUAGGUGGAAUUCUUUCCCAUUUUUGCUUGAUGUACAACUUAAGUUGUUCAACAGUCUGUUUUCGUAUUUUAGGCUUCAUAAUGUGCCACACAUUUUCAAUGGGAGACAAGUCUGGACUACAGGCAGGCCAGUCUACUACCCACACUCUUUUACUACGAAGCCACGCUGUUGUAACACGUGGCUUGGCAUUGUCUUGCUGAAAUAAGCAGGGGCGUCCCUGAUAA